UUUUUAAAGGAAGAGGUGGCGAUCCUCACCCGCGCCCUAGCGGGUGGCGGAGGAACUCCGGCGAGCCUAGGUCAAAUGGUGAACGUGUGCGCCACAAACGCAAUCUCUCGCGUGAUGUUCGGGCGGAGGGUGGUGGGCCACGGUUCCAAUGGCGGGGGCGACGAGAAGGCGGAGGAGUUCAAAGGGAUGGUGGUGGAGCUAAUGGUGUUGGCCGGAGUUUUCAACUUGGGCGAUUUCAUUCCGCCGCUCGAGGGGUUGGAUUUACAAGGAGUGGCCUCAAAGAUGAAGAAGCUUCACAAGCGGUUUGAUGCAUUCUUGAGUGCAAUUCUUGAUGAGCACAAGAUCAACGGCUCUAGUGAAAUGCAAGGUAACGUGGAUCUAUUGAGUACGUUGAUUUCUUUCAAAGAUGGGAAUGAUAGUGGAGGGAAACUCACCGACACUGAGAUAAAGGCAUUGCUUUUGAACUUGUUUGCUGCGGGGACCGACACAACAUCAAGCACAGUGGAGUGGGCCAUAGCGGAACUUAUACGACACCCGAAAAUCCUGGCUCAAGCCCAAAAAGAGCUGGACUCAGUAGUCGGCAAGGAUCGGCUCGUGACCGAGUCGGACCUAACUCAGUUGUCCUUCCUCCAAGCCGUCAUUAAAGAAACAUUCCGCCUCCAUCCCUCGACCCCGCUCUCCCUGCCGAGGAUCUCGGACAAGAGUUGUGAGGUCAACGGAUACUUCAUCCCAAAGGGUUCGACACUCUUGGUCAACGUUUGGGCCAUAGCCCGUGACCCGGACGCAUGGUCCGACCCACUAGAGUUUAAGCCCGAACGGUUCCUAAUGGGUGGAGAAAAGCCCAAUGUCGACGUCAGAGGCAAUGAUUUUGAAGUGAUACCGUUUGGUGCGGGCCGGAGAAUUUGUGCCGGAAUGAGCUUAGGGUUGAGGAUGGUCCAAUUGUUGACCGCAACUUUGAUCCAUGCGUUCGAUUUUGAAUUGGCUAAUGGGCAAUUACCCGAGACGCUAAACAUGGAGGAAGCGUACGGGUUGACGCUACAACGGGACGAGCCCUUAUCGGUGCACCCGAAACCUAGGUUAGCGCCUCAUCUUUAUAAUGAGGCCUAAGUAUAUGGUUUCAGUUCAUUUUUACUUUCUAUUCAAAUUUUUAUAUAUUUGUUUUUGUGGGUUUUAUGGCGCUAAUAAAAAUGACAGCAAUUCCAAAUAAAACUAUAUAGGAGGAUUUGCUGUUCAAUACGCUCUCUGUGUAUUUAUGCAUAAGUUUUUACUUUGUAUUGCUUCCAAUUUUAGCAAAUGUGUAUACAAUAUUUAUUUGUUUUUAUGCUAACCAUACAUACG